GAGACAGAGUCUUGCUCUGUUGCCCAGGCUGGAGUGCAGUGGUUCACUGCAACCUCUGCCUCCUGGGUUCAAGUGAUUCUCCUGCCUCAGCCUCCUGAGUAGCUGGGACUACAGGCGCCCACCCGGCUAAUUUUUGUAUUUUUAGUAGAGAAGGGAAUAAAACUACUUUCUUUUAAAAUUCUAACUUAAAAUUUUUGGCUUGCAGAUUCCAAGUUAUCAUCUCUGGGCAGGUGGUGGAUGAAAAGGUAGAAAGGGUUUGUGUCACCAGAGGGGCAUGUGACCUCUUGAGUUCUGAACCUGAGGUGAUUCAGUGGAAUGUCCUCGGGCAUUCUGUAGCCUUCAAUUUUAAAGAGUGGGAUAAGGGACUGCGUCACCAGAUAAUGUGAGUAAAGUGCUUUUAGAUCACCAGAUGAAAAGCAUCUUAUAAAAUCCCAAGGUGCUGGUGUUAGUUUGUUACUGUCAUCAACAGAAAUAAUUGUUACUUUUAAUCAUAUUGGGGCAGGUGGGGCUCGGUUACCUUAGGCCAAUAUAGGAAUAAUAAACUGUUGAAUUGGGAAAAAAGGACCAACCCUAUGCUAUGCUUAUUCAGUUUCUCAUAGAGGGCAUCAUGCCUUUCUCUGCAAGAACAUUUCUUACCCAGCGUUCUAAUGGGUGAUUCCAGAAGACCAAAAAUUCAGCUUCUGCCUCUUCAGGAUUGUAACUAAAAAGCAUAGAGGAGCAAGAGAAACACACAGAGAAAGAAAAUGAGACUUGCUGUCCUAAUUUUGAGGUGAGACACAGUAACCCGGUUGAACUCUGCAUCUGGAAAGCUGAAGACUGAAGAAAGAUAAGAGACAUUGACUAGUCUGGAAACAGGGACAUCUUUGGAACUUCGUUUUCAUCCACAGUAAACUUUUGAAGUGUCAUCAAUUGGAAUUGAUUUCUUCAUCUUAUUCUGCCUAUUGGGAAGAACAUGGCUUCAAGGAUUUUAAGUUUCCCUUUAGUUUUACAUGAACUCUAUAGGAAACAGAGCCCUUAAAGGGCUUGGGAAUAACAAGAAGAGAUUGAAGACAGACAAGCUUGCCCUGUUUUCCUUGCCCCUUCAAAGAAAAGGAUUUACAGCUCAAACUUACAACAGCUGUUGUCCAGCUUUAGCCAUCAAGAGAGAAAUAAAUUAAACCACCAUUGCCAGACUACAAGCCCUGGUGAAGUCAGGGUGUGGGAGUGGUGGCAUUGAGAAGACUACCUAAAAGAGACAAAGACUGCAGUAAACACAGCUCCUCUUUAAAGUUGGAAGGGGCCUCAGGUUCUUUCUUGGAUUGAAAUAGAAAUAGAAACACAGGGCACACCUCUUUUAGGUGCAGCUCACAUUUUAUGGAACUGUAGUCGUGGAGGUACUGUAGUAUCUCCUCAGAAGAAUUUUUCUUUGCCCAAAGUUUUUUUGCCAUACCCUGAUAUUCUCUCCUUCUUUUGAAGACCUGCCUCCAUCCAUGAGCUGUAUCUUGAUCUGUCUGACUGCCCAUGUUUUCCGCCUGCAACCACUUGCAUGUGUACAGCCUACUGUUUGUCUCCAGUUUUUAAACUGUACAAGUUGUGUUUCUUAAUCUUCCCUUCUGCCUUGUUCUGGGGAGGUGGUUAUUCAUCAUUUGGAAUCACCUUUCCCCCUCCCAUGUGCUUUCCUUCAUUUGAGAUCUUUUGACCUUUGGCUUUAUUUGGGAGGGGGAAGGGUGAUAAAGUUUUCUGUUUCCCUGGUUUUCUUUUGUACUCCUCUCUGUUGCUUCCCUCCUCCCAUUUUCUUGUCUGUUCUGCCGCUGUGUGGGCCUGGGCUAUGCGGCAGGGCAGAUUUCCCAUCAGAGCUCCAACAUGCCCGCAGAGUCUGGAAAGAGAUUCAAACCCAGCAAGUAUGUCCCGGUCUCUGCAGCCGCCAUCUUCCUAGUGGGAGCUACGACACUCUUCUUUGCCUUUACGUGUCCAGGACUAAGCCUGUAUGUGUCACCUGCAGUGCCCAUCUACAAUGCAAUUAUGUUUCUCUUUGUGUUGGCCAACUUCAGCAUGGCCACCUUCAUGGACCCAGGGAUUUUCCCUCGAGCUGAGGAGGAUGAGGACAAGGAAGAUGAUUUCCGAGCUCCCCUUUACAAAACAGUGGAGAUCAAGGGCAUCCAGGUGCGCAUGAAAUGGUGUGCCACCUGCCGCUUCUACCGUCCCCCUCGAUGUUCCCACUGCAGUGUCUGUGACAACUGUGUGGAGGAAUUUGAUCAUCACUGCCCCUGGGUGAACAACUGUAUUGGUCGCCGGAACUACCGUUAUUUCUUCCUUUUCCUCCUUUCCCUGACAGCCCACAUUAUGGGUGUGUUUGGCUUUGGCCUCCUUUAUGUCCUCUACCACAUAGAGGAACUCUCAGGGGUCCGCACGGCUGUCACAAUGGCAGUAAUGUGUGUGGCUGGCUUAUUCUUCAUCCCUGUAGCUGGUCUCACGGGAUUUCACGUGGUGCUGGUGGCCAGGGGACGCACAACCAAUGAACAGGUUACGGGUAAAUUCCGGGGAGGUGUGAAUCCCUUCACAAAUGGCUGCUGUAACAAUGUCAGCCGUGUUCUCUGCAGUUCUCCAGCACCCAGGUAUUUGGGGAGACCAAAGAAAGAGAAGACAAUUGUAAUCAGACCUCCCUUCCUUCGACCAGAAGUUUCAGAUGGGCAGAUAACUGUGAAGAUCAUGGAUAAUGGCAUCCAGGGAGAGCUGAGGAGAACAAAGUCUAAGGGAAGCCUGGAGAUAACAGAGAGCCAGUCUGCAGAUGCUGAACCUCCACCUCCUCCUAAGCCAGACCUGAGCCGUUACACAGGGCUGCGAACACACCUCGGCCUGGCUACUAAUGAGGAUAGCAGCUUAUUGGCCAAGGACAGCCCCCCGACACCUACCAUGUACAAGUAUCGGCCGGGUUACAGUAGCAGCAGUACGUCAGCUGCCAUGCCGCAUUCCUCCAGCGCCAAGUUGAGUCGUGGGGACAGCUUGAAGGAGCCAACCUCAAUUGCAGAGAGCAGCCGUCAUCCCAGCUACCGCUCAGAGCCCAGCUUGGAACCAGAGAGCUUCCGUUCUCCUACAUUUGGCAAAAGUUUUCACUUCGAUCCACUAUCCAGUGGCUCACGCUCCUCCAGCCUCAAGUCAGCCCAGGGCACAGGCUUUGAGCUGGGCCAGUUGCAAUCCAUUCGUUCAGAGGGCACCACCUCCACCUCCUAUAAGAGCCUGGCCAACCAGACACGCAAUGGAAGCCUAUCUUAUGACAGCUUGCUCACACCUUCAGACAGCCCUGAUUUUGAGUCAGUGCAGGCAGGGCCUGAGCCAGACCCACCUUUAGGCUAUACCUCUCCCUUCCUGUCAGCCAGGCUGGCCCAGCAACGGGAAGCCGAGAGGCACCCACGUUUGGUGCCAACUGGCCCAACACACCGAGAGCCCUCACCAGUCCGUUAUGACAAUCUGUCGCGCCACAUUGUGGCCUCUCUCCAGGAACGAGAGAAGUUGCUGCGCCAGUCACCCCCACUCCCAGGCCGUGAGGAAGAACCAGGCUUGGGGGACUCAGGCAUUCAGUCAACACCAGGCUCAGGCCAUGCCCCUCGUACUAGUUCCUCCUCAGAUGAUUCAAAGAGAUCACCUUUGGGCAAGACUCCACUGGGACGCCCAGCUGUCCCCCGUUUUGGCAAGCCAGAUGGGCUAAGGGGCCGGGGAGUAGGGUCCCCUGAACCAGGCCCAACAGCCCCAUACCUGGGCCGAUCGAUGUCUUACAGCAGCCAAAAAGCCCAACCUGGUGUCUCUGAGACAGAAGAAGUGGCCUUGCAGCCAUUACUGACACCCAAAGAUGAAGUACAGCUGAAGACCGCCUACAGCAAAUCCAACGGGCAGCCCAAGAGCUUAGGCUCAGCCUCCCCUGGCCCAGGCCAGCCACCUCUCAGUAGCCCCACGAGGGGAGGAGUCAAGAAGGUGUCAGGGGUUGGUGGUACCACCUAUGAGAUUUCGGUGUGAGCCUUCGGCGCCUCCCCUCCCCAACGCCUCUGCGCCUACACCAAAGGGCCCCAGGUGGCCACCUUCCUUCCCUCAAGGGGCUCCCCUCCCGUGCAUGGACAUUUUUUAAACCACCGAUUCCAAGAGGAUGAGGAGUGUUUUCUAAAAUGCAGUGGGGUUGGGGAGUCGGAGAGUUGGGGCCCUGAGACUGGGGUAGCAACCCCCCCUUUUAUCUUUUAAGACCUUCCCUUCCUUGAUCCCUGGACCAGACUCAGUGGACAUUUGUGCAAUUGCUCGCCCUGGAGGGAACCAGAUCAUUUUUAAACCAGAAAUAAUUUUUUUUAUUAUUGUUACGGAUUCUAUUUUUUUCCUCUUCUGCGUUACCAGGUGUGUGUGUACAUAUAAUAUAUAUAUAUAUAUUAUAAAUAUCAAAGAAAUUAUAUAUCUAUCCUGGGAUGGGAAAAUGAGGGAGGGAUACAUAUACGGAGGGGGAUCUUACUCUUCCCAUUCCUCAGACCAGCAGGAAAAGGGGAGAUGUCAGUCUUUUCCCUGUGGUUCCCUCUCAUUUGUCCCAGUUACUAACUAAGGAAAUAGCAUCCUCUGCUGGUGCUAAGUGUGAUUAGGAAGAAGCCUGGGGAGAGGCGAGUCUGGGAUUUUGGUCACAAGAGGGAAGGACUUGGAGAGGAGAAUUAGUUUUCUAGGCUCAUUGGCAUUUAGUUUCCCUAGGAAAGGGGUCAAAACUUCAAGACACUGGUGGUGGUGGGAGAUCAGGAAAAUAACUUGGCCUAGCUCAAACAAUAUUGGAUAAUCCCCUCCUUGGGGGAGAGGGAUUAGAGUGGGCUCCUACUGGCCCCUUGGAGCCUCCCCUAGCUUACACAGUUAACUUGAUUUUAAAAUCCAAGGCCAGGAGAGAAGAAUCCAAAAAGCAAUAUUUUUCAUCACAUGCCAAAAAUGGGGGAUAGAGAGGAGGAGUGGCAGGCCUAGGCCCCUCCGAUUGUCCCUUGGGGGUUACCCCUCAGCCCACCUCACUAUGGUGCUGGGUAGAGGGGAUACCUGGGUUCUAACCUCUAAAUAGGGGAGAUCCCAGCCUCCACAAAGAGGCCCUUUUGUUUUUUAUUCUGAUUAGCCAUUUUAAACCAACGAGGAAUAAAAAGAAAUCCUGAUCUAA